UUGGUCCGGUUCUCCGCCCCCCACCUCCACUCGUGUCAGCAAGAAAAGCGGCUGUGCCUCUUAAAGCUGAUUAAAAUAUGUAUUUGUUUCUCUGAUGCGCAGAUAAACCAGCUGACAUUGCCGCUGUAGGACACCGACAGUGGCGGGUUUUCAGCGCGGAAAAUCACUUCUAUUUCUUUGUUAUUUGCAGCCGCAAGACAAGAGUCCACGGACCCCGGUAUGGUCAUCCACGGGAAAAUGUCUCCUUGAACUUUCAGACUGUCUCCUCCCAGCUUUUCAAAGUGACGGUGUGUCCUGAAUCAAGAUGAGCAAAGGAGGAGCUCGGUCGAUCUCCACGCUGCCACCGGAUACGAUGGACAUCAUCCGGACCAAGACCCACUCCCGGAGAGUGAGGAUCAACGUGGGGGGGCUCCUCCACGAAGUCCUGUGGAGGACUCUGGACAGGUUGCCCCGCACCAGACUGGGCAAACUGCGUGACUGCAACACCCACGACUCCAUCAAGGAGAUCUGCGACGACUACAGCUUAGAUAAUAAUGAGUAUUUUUUUGACAGACACCCCGGCGCCUUCACCUCCAUCCUCAACUUCUACCGCACGGGAAAGCUGCACAUGAUGGAGGAAAUGUGCGCCCUCUCAUUCAGUCAAGAACUGGACUUCUGGGGCAUCGACGAGAUCUACCUGGAGUCGUGCUGCCAGGCCAGGUAUCACCAGAAAAAAGAGCAGAUGAAUGAAGAGCUGAGAAGAGAGGCGGAAAACAUGAGGGAGAGGGAGGGCGAGGAGUUUACUACCACGUGUUGCUCUGAAAAGAGAAAGAAACUUUGGGACCUCUUGGAGAAGCCAAGUUCUUCAUUUGCUGCCAAGGUCCUCGCCAUUAUCUCCAUCCUCUUCAUCGUGCUGUCCACCAUUGCCUUGUCUCUGAACACCCUACCAGAAUUGCAGGACACCGAUGAGUUUGGUCAAGCGACUGACAACCCACAGCUUGCCCACGUCGAAGCAGUGUGCAUCGCCUGGUUUACUAUGGAAUACCUGCUCCGUUUCCUUUCUUCUCCUAGCAAGUGGAAGUUCUUUAAGGGUCCUCUCAACAUCAUUGACUUGUUGGCCAUCCUGCCCUACUAUGUUACCAUCUUCCUCACAGAAUCCAACAAGAGUGUGCUGCAAUUCCAGAAUGUCCGCCGCGUGGUUCAGAUUUUCCGGAUCAUGCGGAUCCUGCGUAUUUUGAAGCUGGCUCGUCACUCUACUGGUCUUCAGUCUCUCGGCUUCACCCUUCGGAGAAGCUACAAUGAGUUGGGUCUGUUGAUCCUCUUCUUGGCCAUGGGCAUCAUGAUCUUCUCCAGUCUGGUGUUCUUUGCUGAGAAAGACGAGGAAGAUACCAAGUUUCAAAGCAUCCCAGCUUCCUUCUGGUGGGCUACAAUCACUAUGACCACAGUCGGCUAUGGAGAUAUCUACCCAAAAACACUGCUGGGGAAAAUAAUUGGGGGUUUGUGCUGUAUUGCUGGAGUCCUGGUGAUAGCUCUACCUAUCCCCAUUAUUGUGAACAACUUCUCAGAGUUCUACAAAGAGCAAAAGAGGCAGGAAAAAGCCAUCAAAAGAAGAGAAGCCCUGGAGAGGGCGAAGAGAAAUGGUAGCAUUGUGUCUAUGAACAUUAAAGAUGCAUUUGGCCACAACGCAGAGCUCAUGGAAGUAACAGCUGAAAAAACUGAUGAAAACACAGGGAAAAAGGAGAAGGUGCAUGAUAAUCAUGUUUCUCCAACUAAGCAGAAAGGAAUACACAAACCCAAAUCCACCAGCCCCACCAGAAGACUAGAAUCUACUUUUCAAGAGCAGCCCAGGCCCAGUAGCCCUCAACAUCUCAGUGCACAUAAACUAGAGGAGAUGUACAACAAGAUGGCCAAGACCCAGUCACAACCAGACCUUAACAGCAAAGAAAAAGGUCUGCCGGCCAAAGUGGCUAAGCAAAGGAAUGAACUCGAGAUGGGACGUAUCCCCACUAAUACCAUUCCAAGCACUGUAGAGACAGUGGCCGAUAUGAAGAGCAUGUCUAGCAUCGACAGCUUCAUCAGCUGUGCCACUGAUUUCCCUGAGAGUUCUCGGUUCUCUCACAGCCCCAUCGGCACCAUGCUAGGGAGGGUCAGCACAAACCCCAGCCUAGAGCCCACCUUGGAAAAUGAGUAUGAGGGAUCCCAAGACACUGCUACACCAAUGACAGGAAAGAACAUUAAGCAGGGUGUGCAUUCUGACAGCCUGCGCACUGGCAACCCAAUUAAAAGCCACUCACUUAAGGUCAACUUCAGAGGCAGUGAGGUCCAAACAGACACCUCCUCACUACAGAGCCCUGAGGCAUCCGUCUACACAACUGCCAGCAGCAGGACACCCAGCAGGUACCCGGAGUGUUCACUGCCAGGCAUUUUCAUGUUCCACGAUGCAACCGUCAGUAAGUUCAUCGAUGCCGACACCGAUGAGGAGGAGCAUCCGCAGGAGGGUGCAGGCACCAACCCAUCCCAAAAACUGCUGGGAAAUGACAGCCCUAAGGUUGUGAAUCAGCCUGGCUACCAACAAGGGUCCAAAUACAUGGAGAGCCUUCAGUGGAAGUUAGGCAAUCGCUCACUGUUGUUGGAAGGGCAGGAUAACCACAUGGCUCAAGAACUACAACCUCUGCACAAAUACAAAGGUGCAAUCAGUGAGAAACACACGGGAGAGGAGGAGAUGUAGGAGGUGCAGAGCAGCUACAAAGCACAGUAAACAAAACUGAACUUCACAAAAAUCCAGAAAUAGCCGCAACUUACAACAGCUGAGGACCACAGGAGAGAUCAGGUGUUCUGACAACCAACUCCAGAAUUGAUCGACUCAGAGGUCCUCUCUGUUUAAA